UUUUUCACACUCAGCGAGCCUCUCUCUCUCUUCCUCUCUACACCUGAAAGAUUAGUGGCUUGGAUAUGGGAGUGAAUGCUGUUUUUAGCUCCUUGAAGGAGAUUUUUCCCCAGGUUGAUUUUCGUCUUUUGAGAGGUGUUGCUUUGGAACAUGCCAAUGACCUUGACGCAGCUGUCGAGGAUGUGCUGAAUGAGGUUCUUCCUUUCUUGACCAACCGUCCUGGAAGUCCCGCUAAGAUUCAAAGUCCUACUGGCGAACCCACUGAAGUUAAACCUUUGAGUAGAGAAUUGAUUCACCAACAGGUAGAGAAGGAAGUAGAGGUUGAGCCUUCUCCGGCAGUAGGAUACACCGAUUUUGAAGAUGCCAACAAUAAUGAUCAUACAGAAUUUACAAGUGCUUCCUUCCAUGAGGUUUCUACCGUGGUAGAUGACACAAGUUCAUCUCAGAAUCUUCCAGCAGCAAGAUCCCCUGAUGUAGAUAAUGCCAAAAAUACCGAUCAUACAGAAUUUACAAGUGCUGCCGUUCAUGAGGUUUCUACACUGGUAGAUGACACAAAUCCAUUGCAGAAUGUCCUGGACUCCUCAGAUGUAGAUCAAGCAAGUGGGCACCAGGAACAAGAAUGUGUGAACUCUGGAAGUAGAGAACUGGAAACCAUUGGUAAUGUUGAUGUUGAGCUUCAGCAGUCGUCAUCUGGAAUGGUGAUCAGUUCAGUACAUGAACAAGAGGGGGUUCAUGACUGUUCCAUCAAUGAGCCUUAUGAAUGGAAAGAUUUCGAUUUUUCUCAACAUGAUAGUCUAGCCGGCUCUCAUUUUGAGGGUGAAAGUUCUAUUGUUCGGCUGGAUCCUCCUUUUCCAGAACAUGUACCAGAAACCGUCCUUUCCAAGGAAGAUGAUUCUUUCUGUGAUUUGGCUGAUGAUAUGAAGGAGGCCACUACAAAUAGCAUAUGCAAUAUUGAUGUUCUUGAAGAGAGCAUUGAAGAUGCUAAACAUAACAAGAAAACAUUGUUUUCAGCCAUGGAGUCUGUUAUCACCAUGAUGAGAGAAGUGGAACUUGAAGAGAAAGCUGUUGAUCGUGUCAGAGAGGAAGCAGCAAGGGGAGGUCAGGAUAUUAUGGUGAAGGUGGAGGAACUAAAAGACAUGUUGGCACAUGCGAAGGAUGCAAAUGACAUGCAUGCUGGUGAAGUUUAUGGGGAGAAGGCAAUUCUAGCAACUGAAGUUAGAGAGCUUCAAUGUCGAUUGCUCAGUUUGUCAGAUGAAAGGGAUAAGUCACUUGCAAUCCUUGACGAGAUGCGUGAAACACUUGAAGUACGACUAGCUGGAGUAGCAGAGUUGAGAAAAAUGGCCGAGGAUGAAAAGUUAGAGAAGGAAGAAUCUGCACGGAAAGCUCUUGCUGAACAAGAAGCCAUCAUGGAGAAAGUGGUCGAGGAGUCGAAGACACUGCAACAGGCAGCGGAGGAAAAUUCCAAGUUGCGGGAGUUUCUGAUGGACCGUGGUCACAUUGUAGAUAUGCUACAAGGAGAAAUCUCUGUUAUCUGUCAGGAUGUCAAGUUGCUGAAAGAGAAGUUUGAUGAGCGUGUUCCUCUUAGCCAGUCGGUUUCAUCUAGCCAGACAAGUUGCAUCUUAGCUUCUUCAGGAUCAUCCUUGAAAAGCGUGGCGUCUGGCUUUCUUGUAGAACGAGUUGGGUCAGUUGGGUCAUCUGAGUCACUAAAGACCCUAGAGAGGGUGAGUCCUGUUGCUUCAGUUGACGGUCUCUCACCAAAAUUCAGACAAGAAAAUGAAACAAUCAAGGUGGAUAAACAAGCUCUCAUGGAAGAUGGGUGGGAUGUCUUUGACGAAGAUCUCUUGGAGUAAUAAACUCACGGCUCAAGUUAUGAAGAUCUUCAUCCAUAUGCUUUUUUUAGUAAGUUUAUAUUUCACUAGACAGCGUAUUACUAGUCCCCCUAUAGAGAUGGUGAGCUAUCUGCAGUGAAUUUAUUUUUGUACAGUACAGUUUGGAAACCAAUAAUUUAAGCUUGGAGAUUUUGAAAUUAUUCUAUAUAUAUGAGCAAUGAAAAUGCAUGGGAUCCCCGCUAAGCAACAUGCUGCAGUUGCUUUUCUUUGAAA